AUGAAAGAAACGGCAUCGCAACUCCACUGCCCUCCGCAAGACGGGAACCCUGCGCCUCCCAGACAGUAUCAAGAAGACCCUGAAUUUAAAGAUCACAGGGAUUCGACCUAUGAAGCUGUGGGCCUAUUACGGCCCACUGAAGCUGUUCAGAGGAAGAAAAAUAAGCUACUUCCUGAGUGGCUCCGUAAGAAACGGUAUUUUGCUUUGUUGAUAAUCACGAUUCUAGCUGUGGGCACCGUGCUUGCUGUCCUUGGCGGCCUGGGGAGGUUAGGGGACUUGGGAGAGCAGAAAGAUGAUCCAAAUGCGCCGAAAGAUGGGCUCUCUCCGCCAUGGUAUCCAACCCCAAAAGGUGGAACUACGUCCAGUUGGGCAGAGAGCUAUAGUAAAGCACAAACUAUGGUUAAAUCCAUGACGUUGACCGAGAAGGUGAACAUUACAACAGGGGUUGGUUGGCAAAUGGGCCUCUGCGUGGGAAAUACUGGCCCAGCUACUUUUGCAGGUUUUCCGUCUCUCUGUUUACAGGAUGGGCCAUUGGGUUUGCGGUUCGCGGAUAAUAUCACUGCCUUUCCAGCAGGCAUUACAAUUGGCGCUACCUGGGACCGGGAUCUGAUGCGCAAAAGAGGUCAGCUACUAGGACUCGAAGCUCGCCUUAAAGGGGUCAACGUUCUUCUCGGACCCGCGAUGGGACCCUUAGGCACUUUACCAGCCGGGGGUCGUAACUGGGAAGGAUUUGGCUCUGACCCCGUUCUUCAAGGUGUUGCUGCAGCAGAGACUAUUAAAGGUAUCCAAGAAAAUGGUGUCAUAGCCACGGCAAAACACUACGUUCUAAACGAGCAAGAGCAUUACAGACAGCCUCUUGAAUGGGGAAUACCGAAUGCAAUGUCUUCCAACAUUGAUGAUCGGACCUUGCGCGAGGUUUAUGUGUGGCCAUUUGCCGAAAGUGUGAGAGCAGGCGUGGCUAGCAUCAUGUGUGCCUACCAGAUGGUUAAUAAUUCCUACUCCUGCGGGAAUAGCCUCCUUUUAAACGGUAUACUCAAGGAUGAACUAGGAUUUCAAGGUUUCGUACAAUCGGAUUGGUGGGCCCAACAAGCUGGCGUAUCCACCGCUCUCGCGGGUUUGGAUAUGUCAAUGCCUGGAGGUGGCCCUCGUCUAAGCCCCGGAGUCUCAUAUUGGGGAAGCAAUCUUACCAUAGCAGCGCUGAACACAUCCGUGCCGAUGGAGCGUUUGAAUGAUAUGGCUACCAGAAUAGUCGCUGCAUGGUAUCAACUGGGCCAGGAUUCUUGGCCAAAACCCCCACCUGAUGAUGAAGGUGGUCCAAAUUUCUCAUCAUGGACAAAAGAGAGGAUUGGACGCAUUCACCAGGGAAGUGAUGAUAAAGACGCUACUGGUGUAGUGAACAAGUACAUCAAUGCUCAAGGGAAGGGAGACAACGCGCAUUCAAUAGUGGCACGUCUGAUUGCAGCCGAAAGCACCAUUUUAUUGAAGAAUGAGGAUGAGAUAUUGCCUCUCUUCAGGAAUGGAAGUGAUUAUAAUACUACAACAUAUCGUGUUGGAAUCUACGGAGAAGACGCCGGCCCAGGAAAAGGCCCCAAUUUCUGUCCAGAUCGAGCAUGCAAUCAAGGCACCCUAGGCUCGGGAUGGGGUAGUGGUGCCGUCGACUUCCCAUAUCUUAUAACACCAGGGAAAGCGCUGAAGAGAGAGUUCAACAAUGACACUGAGGUUUCGCUAUAUUUGGAGAACAAAGUUUCGGAUCGAGACCUGAGUGAUAAAGAUCUCUGUAUUGUUUUUGUGAACGCAGAUGCGGGCGAGGGGUUUGCGUCUGAUGGUGAUUUACGUGGAGAUCGCAAUGACCUCUUUUUGCAAAAGGGCGGAGAUCAAUUGAUUAAACACGUCGAAUCGAAGUGUGGAAACGGAACUGGCCCAACAAUUGUCGUCAUUCAUGCUGUUGGCCCUGUUAUUCUCGAAUCUUGGGUUGACCUCCCAGGGGUCAAGGCUGUUGUACUUGCGAAUCUCCCCGGCCAAGAAAGCGGGAAUGCACUUGUGGACUUCUUGUUCGGUGAUGUCGAUGCUUGUGGUCGGCUGCCUUAUACUAUUGGCAAAAGCAGCGAUGAUUAUGGGCCAGAAGCCAAAGUGUUGUAUCAAACGGACGACCCCGUUCCCCAAAAAGACUUUUCCCACGGACUUUACAUCGAUUAUCGCUACUUUGACAAGCAUAACAUUACGCCUCGCUAUGAGUUCGGCUAUGGGCUCUCGUAUACAACGUUCCAGUUUUCCAAUAUCACCAUUAUUCCAUUGCAAAAUAAAACAGCUUUGCCUUCGCGACGACCUGAAUCGAAAAUACUGCCGCCCUCGUACAGCGAUGAGAUUCCGUCUUUGAAAGAGGCCCUGUUCCCGAAAGGAUUCCGGAUAUUGUCUAAGUAUAUCUAUCCAUACAUAUCAUCUGCGAAGCAGGUAAAGCGAGGAGAGUACAAAUAUCCCGAAGGGUAUAAUAUCACCCAACAGCCAUCACAAGCCGGUGGAGGCGAGGGCGGUAACCCAUCGCUGUUUGAGCCCUUCGUCAAUGUGUCUAUCUCCUUAACUAAUAUCGGCGUGCGGACCGGAAAGGAAGUUGUCCAGGUCUACGUCUCAUUCCCGACGAAUAUAACAGAGGUUGCGGUUCCAGAUAGGAACUUAACAGCUAAUCGCACAGAGCCAUUGACGUCUAUCGAAUUCCCUGUCCGGAUGCUCCGAGCUUUCCACAAGGUCGAGCUAAGCGCAGGCGAGUCAGCCGCAGUCAACCUGUCACUAACACGGAAAGAUUUAAGCUAUUGGAGUACGAAGGAGCAGAAUUGGGUCAUGCCAACGGCAGGUGCAUUUAAAAUAUGGGCUGGCAAAAGCUCCAGAAACUUGCCGCUUGUAGGUGAAUUCUAG